AUGGAGGCUUUGGGAGGUUUUUUCGAUGGGGAAUGGGAAUCUUUCGCCGCCUUAUUCUCAUCGGAAGAGAUAAAUCAGACCCAUAUUCCGGUGGCUAAUCAUUGUUCCAGUGAGCUUCCAUCGCCCAACAAUGGUGUCAACAGCUGGUUCUAUUCAUUGGAUGCUUUUGUUCCUAAUUUGCAGAGCAAUUGUAAACAGGACAUAAGGAGUUGUAGUAGCUGCAGUACUACUGAUCAUUCUAAUGCUUCAGUUUCGAUUCCGAAUUCGAGUGAUUUUUUUAUGCCAAUUGAUGAGAGGAAUUUCGGGUCUUUGUUUUUUUCUGAUGUUUUAAUCGAGGAAAUCGAUAAUGCUCUUGCCACCGCCACCGCCGCCGCUGACGGGGAAGAUUCUAGCGCAGAGAGAUUCAUUGAGCACAAUGUACUACAAGGUAGCCACCCUCCGCCGUCGCAGCUGGUAGAUUCCACCGGUGCCGGAAACAAACCAAUUGCAUUGAAGAGGAAAGUCAAUAAUGGAGACAUUUCUGACGAUCAGAAGAAGAAAACUCGGAUUUCCUCACAUGGGCAGAGGAAGAAGAAAACAGAGAAGAGAAUAGGGGCAAGUGUAGAGGAAGAAGGGAAUACAGGUGGAGCAUCAGAAGGACAGAGCUCCAUUAGUUACAGUUCAGAUCAGGAAGAGAAUGAUUCCGAGGAGGGAAACGGCGGUGGCUCGGCCGCCACCUCCGACAGCGGCUUGAACAGGAAAAGCAGAGCAAGCAGAGGGUCGGCCACGGAUCCCCAAAGCCUCUACGCUAGAAAACGAAGGGAAAGAAUCAAUGAGCGAUUGAGAAUCUUACAGAAACUUGUUCCAAAUGGAACCAAGGUUGAUAUCAGUACCAUGCUUGAAGAAGCAGUUCAUUAUGUCAAGUUUUUGCAGCUCCAAAUCAAGUUAUUGAGCUCAGAUGAGAUGUGGAUGUUUGCUCCUUUGGCUUACAAUGGAAUGGACCUUGGCCUUCAACAGAACCUCUCUCCAUUUCUAUCACAUUGAGACACAUUUUUAUUUCCCUUUUUACCCUUGUAUUGUUUAAUUAACUCAAUAUAAUUAAGCUAUAUAUAUAUAAAUAUUUUGAUCCUAAGUUUAAUAACAUUAUAAUCAUGAGGA